GUGAGAAAUUGUUUUGGCAUCAUUUCAGUUUAGUUCAGUCCUACAAAUAUUCAGUGGUUUUGCGCGUUACAUUUUCUCUUAUGUUGUAUGUGUAAUUGAAGAGACUUACAGGACUUUGCCUUUUCCCGUUUAAGAAAGCUCCACUUUGUGUCUUCAUGCGCGGCUGACCUUGCCUGUUCACUGACAGCCAAAAUUAGUGUAAGCUAGCUAAGCUAAGUGCUUGUGUCUCCCAGAGUUCACUUAACGUUAAUGUUCGCGUAAUUGUUUCUGUUGCGUUCAUGAUGGAAGAUGAAGCUUUCACUGAUAUUAAUGGCAAAACGAUAUCUCUGGACUGUCAGUGUCACUCCGGCUUUUGCAGGGAGUUCACUGUCAGUUCCCCGAAAGUGUCCAUGGGCAAGGUGAUGGUGUUCACCUCCUCUGUUUGGCUUGUGGCAUACGCCGUGUUCUUUUUCACUGAGAACACUGCUGUUCUGUCCGGUGCUAUAUUUGUCACCCUGGUUGGCAUGAUGCUUCACAUCCACUUUGUGAAGGUGGACCAUGAGUCCCUGCUUGUCAUUGGCUCCUUAGGCAUUCAGUUGUCCUCCAGCUACGCCUCAGGCCGUGAGACCACCACAUUCAUUGAGAUGAGCAAGAUCAAGGAUAUUGUCAUCAAUGAAGCUAUUUACAUGCAUCAAAUCAUCUACUACCUUUGCGUACUGUUGAAGGACCCCUCAGAACCUCAUGCGGUGUCAAGUGUUGUGCCAUUGUUUCAGAGUUCAAAGCCAAGGCUGAACUGCUUAGUGAAAGUUUACAAAAGCUGUCAGGAGAUCCUUUCCAAGUGCUGAUGACACACAUUAGAAAUGUUUCUUGUCGCACAGCAUGCUUUUUACAGCAGGUAGUUUAUUAGUUUAUUUUGGCACAGCUUGAUUUGAUUGGAUCUACAUGAAUUCAAUCUGUUAAAUACAAAAGAAAAUGUUGCCGUGUUUAACAGACCAAUAUUAGUGUCAGAAUGACUUUAUGUAGUACUUUGUUUUUUAGUUACUUGAAUUACUUAAUAACACUGGUCCUAGACUACCUGUUUAAAUCCAAAGACCCAAACCUUUUCUCUGAUGAUGUAUUAAAGAGAUAGAAAUGACCUUUAACAAAUUUGCUUUAAUACUUAUUUAUGCAUUUAGAUUUGAAUGGAUUCCUUUAUGUAUUUUAUAAGCAUUACCACACUGUAUUGUUAAAAAUAAAUGUGAUAAAACAUU